AGAAUACCAGAUCACCAUUUGCCCUGUAUAGGUCAGAGACAAACUACAGGGUCUUUCGAAAAAAAAAGAGACAAACUACACCAUUUCAUAAGCUGAAGAAGCAUUUUUUCCCCAUAAGCUGAAGAAGCUAUCUUCACGAGAAGCAGAUAGAUUUUUUCUAUCAGAAUUCAGAACGUGGCGGCUGUUACAACCGGACAUGGGCUGGACUCUCUUUCUCCAAAGAUCGAUCCGAUCCGGCGGGUACCCCUUCUUGCCCUCAUUUCGGCCCACUCCUGUCUGACGCACUCGGCUUCGCGAAGCAGGGUUUAAGCUUUCUUCCUCGCAACAGCCGCCGGGAUCUGACCCCAAAACCCUAGUGCCAUGGGAGCCGCCGCCUCUUCCUCUCCCCCUCCUCCCCUAGAGGCAGCCACCGCCGCCUCCGAUCCUCCUACUCCUCCCCCGGUGGCCGUCGCGCCACCAGCCAAAGAAGAUCCCCAGCACCCCGCCACCGCCCCCCCGGCCGGCGGCGUUGCGGACGGUGCGUCGGCCGAUGCCGCGGAGACGGUGGUCUUGGAUGCCUCCGCGACCGCCGGCGAGGUGGCGGAGGGGGAGGAGGAGCCAGGGGAGUGCGGGUACAGCCUCUUCAUGAUGGGCGGCGGGUGCAAGGAGGAGUUCUUCGCGUGGCAGAAGUGCAUGAGGGAGGCGGAGGCGGAGGCGAAGACGGGCGGCUUCAGCAUCAUGGAGCGGUGCCAAGACGACAAGGCCGCGCUGUGGAAGUGCAUGGACGCGCACGCCGACUACUAUGAGCCCAUCCUCCAAGGCGAGCGCGCCAGGGCCGCGGGGGACCUUGAGGCCUUUGAGGCCCAAGCAGCCGCUUUUGCCUCCUCGGUGCGGGCGUUGGAGGAAGGGAUGAAGAAGCAGGCGGCUGGCGCAGCGGGGCUGCCGUCGGAGAAAGAUCAUGAAAAGCAGGUGGCGGAGGUGGAGGAGGAGCAAGGGGAGUGCGGGUUCUGCCUCUUCAUGAAGGGCGGCGGGUGCAAGGAGGAGUUCGUCGUGUGGGAGAAGUGCGUGGAGGAGGCGGAGGCCGAGACGGACGGCGUCGACGUCGUGGAGCGGUGCCAAGACGUCACGGCCGCGCUGCAGAAGUGCAUGGACGCGCACCCUGACUACUACGAGCCCAUCCUCCGAGCCGAGCGCGCCAUGGCCGCGGACCUUGAGGCCUUUCAGGCCCAAGAAGCCGCUUCUGCCUCCUCGUUGCCGGCGUCGGAGGAAGGGCAAAAGAAGCAGGCGGCCGGCGCAGCAGGGCCGCCGUCGGAGAAAGGCAAGGAGAAGCAGGUGGCUGAGGUGGCGUUCUCGGAGAAGGAGAGCAGAGAUCCUGCAGCCUGAUUGGGUAAAAAGGCGGUAGCAGCUUGAAUUUUUUGGUGAGGACUUUGAGGAUGUGCAUUUCAUUUCUUCUUUCGAGAAUCAGUUGUUGAUUGGUAGCCGGCGAGGGAGAUAGAUCUCUGCUCUCUCUACAUGAAAGAUGUGAUUCUUUUUGGUGAAAUCAAAUUAUAGGUGUUGCCAGACGAAUUCUAACUCUGGCAAAUUAUGCAGACAUCUCAUGCUUUAAUAACCUGAUGAUUUGAUGGCUCCAAAUUACUUGAUGUUGAAA